AGGGGCGGAGUUGAGAGAUAUUUGUGCUCCACUGGACUGACUGUGUGUGGUGGUGGAAGAGGAGGGAGGGGGGAGUUUCAUUAAAGGGGAAAUUCCACACUCACUCACACGCUAGACGAUGUCGGUGGCGUUUGCUACACCGCGGCAGCGCGGGAAAGGUGAAAUUACACCUGCCGCCAUUCAGAAGUUACUGGAUGAAAACAACCAGCUAAUCCAGUGUAUCAUGGACUACCAGAGCAAAGGGAAAUCUGCUGAAUGUUCUCAGUACCAGCAGAUGCUUCAUAGAAACCUGGUCUACUUAGCAACCAUAGCAGAUUCCAAUCAGAACAUGCAGUCGCUGUUGCCAGCUCCUCCAACACAGUCCAUACCAAUGGGGGCCGGGUCUAUCAACCAGAGUGGAAUGACCCAGCUUGCUCAUGGGCACAGCAUGGCAGCGGAUGGCAUGGUCGGAGGGGGUGCACCUGUGCUUCACAUGCAGAACCAGAUGAACGGCCAGAUGCCAGGAUCCAGCCACAUGCCAGUGCAAGGUCCCGUACAGGCUGGUCUGGUCAACGCCUCGGUCAGCAUGCCAGCCGGUAGCCACAGCUCGAUGGGCGGCUACAGUCACUCUGUGCCCUUGUCGCAACCGAUGCCGGUGCAGAGCCAGAUAAAUGUGAGCCAGGGGCAGUCGAUGGGGAGUUACGGACCCCGACCUAACAUCAACAUGCAGCCAAGCCAAGGUCCAAUGAUGCACCAACAAGCACCUGUCUCUCAGUUCAAUAUGCCCCAGGGAGGGGCUCAACAUUAUCCCAACCAGCCACCAAUGACCAUGAUGAGCCAAGUAAACCAGGCUAACCACAUGUUGGGGCAAAGACAGAUACCCCCCUACAGACCGGCUCAGCAAGGUGCUCUUCAACAGUUUUCAGGUCAGGAGGAGUACUACAAUGAUCAGUUCAAUCAUGGGCAGGGUGCUCCAGAAAGCAUGAACCAGCAGUAUUAUCCCGAUGGGGCUAGUGACUACAAUUAUCAUCACCCUCCAUUUCCUGGACAGGCCUUUGCCAAUCCUUGCGAGGAUUCCUCCCAACAUUACUACAGCGGAGGCAACCCACAGUACGGGCAGCAGCAGGAGGCCUACCAGCAAGGACCCUCCCAGCAGCAGGGCUACCUGGCGCAGCAGUACACGGCCCAGCAGGGCUACCCCCCUCAACAGCAGGGCUACGGUGCUUCACAAGGUGCCCCAGGUCAGUACAGCAGCUACCCGCAGGGGCAGCAGUACGGAGGAUACAGACCACCUCAACCAGGCCCCCCUCAACAGCAGCAGCGACCCUAUGGCUAUGAACAGAACAUGCAAUGAAGCUGCCACGGUGACCGGGCAGGGAUUUUUACGAAGAUCUCGGCUCCAGUUGGUGUCCACCAGUCAAAGACAACUCUACAAUCAAACGUUUCCAACAUGUUUCGGAGAGGGUGAGGAAGAUCGGGUGGGUGGCCUGUUGGUCUCGGGAGGAAAAGAAGCUUUGGUUGUCUCUCCCCCCUGGCCAGUGAGUGAACUAGAAUAACUGGAGGUACCAACGCCUUGCUUGCUCCCUCUACCUUGGGGAUGUUCCUGGAGAUGGUUAUCCAAUCUUCCUCGUCACUGUGCAGUCUAGCCUCGCACCAUUACUCAGUUCCAAUAACGUCUCGGAUAAUGUUGAGUAAAGUAGGCCGCCUUGCGUUUGUUGGAAGACCAGAUCUCCCGCAAAGGAGGUUGUCCUAUCCGUCUUCGGGGCUGCCUGACCAGGUCUCACCUCCGAGGGACAGUACCACCUUCUCCUGCCCUUCCACCCACUCCGUGUACCAGGCUCCACGCUCUUCCCAUCAUGCUUCUCCCUCCUCCGUAUAUCCGCACCGAGAUCCUGUCCAAGAAGCCCACACACUGAAGAAUCACCGGCUGGAGAUGUCGACCUGGACAGAGAAGACGAUCUCAAAAGCUUUGGUUCCAAGCAAAAGUGAUUGAGAUUUCACUAA